AUGGGUGCUAACAUGGGUAAAAACGCAUCCCUCCUCGAUGCUCUACCUUCUGGUCAGGGCACCCUCCAUGUCGUCAUGCUGGGCUUAGACUCAGCCGGAAAAACGACGGCCCUGUAUAGGUUAAAAUUCGAUCAGUAUUUGAACACCGUACCUACUAUCGGAUUCAAUUGCGAAAAGGUCAAGGGAAUGGUUGGAAAAGCUAAGGGUAUAAACUUUCUGGUUUGGGACGUGGGUGGCCAAGAAAAACUGCGACCUUUGUGGAAGUCCUACACCCGCUGUACUGAUGGCAUCGUCUUCGUCCUAGAUAGCGUCGACAUGGAGCGUAUGGAAGAAGCCAAAAUGGAACUGAUAAGAACUGUCAAAGCACCUGAAAACUUCAGUGUCCCUAUCCUUGUGCUCGCCAAUAAGCAAGAUCUACCUGGUGCUCGAGAACCGCGCGAAUUGGAAAAACUUUUGGGUUUGACUGAGUUGGGUAAUGGGGGAGCUCCCGGUGGGCAUUUAUGGCACGUGCAACCUGCUUGCGCCAUAACUGGUGACGGAUUACACGAGGGAUUAGAAGUUCUGUACGAGAUGAUCUUGAAAAGGAGGAAAUUGGCGAAAGAAAGGAAGAAAAAGGGAAGAUGA